AGUUCAAAAAUAUAAUAGUGGGUACCAGCAUCAUGAUUCAAGCACUCAAAAGAAAAUAUGUAUAAAUUUCACUUCAUCAUGGACGCAAUGAUUACUGGAAAGAAGUCAACUCACAAUGAGAACUCAGAUCCCUCAUCUUAUCACUGGAGUGAAAAUGGCAUAGGAUCCAAAGCGCCUUUAACAAAGAUUCCAUGUUUUCAAGUUCCUAAUGAUUGCCAAACAUAUGAAGUUGGAAGUCUUCUCCUCUUACUUGAAAUGAGCCCCCACUUCUAACCCCGACUUCAGAAACCAUUUCGCCUUCAAAGUGGCCGUGCUUAAUAUGAAGAUACCCCAGUUCCUCUAUCGUCUUCUCUGUUAUGGCUUCUACUUUACCACAUUUCAACACCAUUUCACUUUCACCUCCAAGGUUCAAGCUGCAAAAUCAGCUGAUCUCAAGAUCAGCCCUGCAGAAUUCAACUCAAGAUCUAAAAUGGGGCACACUGCAAGUAAUUUCGCAAAUGAGAAGAAAACACGUAAAGCACCAUCUGGACCAAACCCAAGUGGAAACCAUCUCCCACCAUCAAGGCCAUAAAGCGAUCAUUGUACUUAUUCACUGUGGGAACACUAUUUCUCGAAGUUGCAGGAGGUUAGAUGUAUCUUUGUAACUCAGAUGAACUUUAUGCUUAGGAUUAUUGCUUUGUAGAAAAGCGGGUAAUCUUUGACAUUCAAAUCAUGUUUGCUACAUUAGAUAAAUAGCAGUCAGUUCUAAGGAUAGUGAUAUCAAAGCAAAGCAAGAAUUAGAACCAUAAGUAAAGCAUCAGAUUAGUGAAGAAAUCCAGAAGAUCACCACAAGACCAUGCUUUUGCAUCUCAACCUGGAAACACAUGCUUGGAAACAAAGUCUACUCAAGGAUGGAAAUUAACAACCCGUUCAAUAAAAGCCAAAUUUGUGUUAUUCCCUGUGGUUUGCCAAAUAGACAUAAUCUUCUUUCAAAAAGUACGAUUAUGUGGGCAGAAAUGUUCCACUUCUUUAACUUAAUAUUUAGAUGCCAAAGGGUAGCCAAAAAAUGUUCUAGAUUUACGAGAAACAACUUUGCAAGAUUCACUGUGUCUCGCGAUAAAAGUGGUCUUUGAAGCUUUCAAGUACCAAAUACAUACAAUUCGCCGCUAAACUACUAAGUGCUCUUCACUCUGAUAUUGAAUGUCAUAGGAUUUCGUUAAAAUCUGAAAGUUUGUAACUAUACAUAAGGUCUAAUAAACAGAAAAAGCAGCCUUAUUGUCAUUAAUAUGUGGUUUGUUCGAGCUAUCAAAUGAUUGACUAAUUGGUACAGCUAGCACAAUUCCAAAAAAA